AUGGCUAAGAAAAAGAAGAAGAAGGGGCUCUCUCAGCCUCACCUCGCUGUCUCCUCCAAGCUCUCUCUAGCUGCUGCCUCAGCUAAAACAGCUAGGGUGAACAAGAAAACGUCAAUUCCCUCCUCCGGCGCGUCUAGCUCCGGUAAUGCGAAAUUUCCGUCAGAAAUUGAAGCUACUAUUCAGGUUACACCUCCGGCUCAGUCUGUUGAAGUUGAAUCAAACCUGCAAGCUUCGGAAUCUACGGGACAGAUCUCGCCUCCAGAUCUACGGAAAUCCAAUACAAAUAUCUCAAGUCCUAUCUCGGACUCGAUCUCUGUGGAGAAACCGGAGACUCUCUCUCCUAGACCGUCGAACUCUGAGCCACUGAAGCAAGAUCUCCCAGCCACAAGUCCGUGCAGGAAAUCUGACUCAGGGUCCCCCAGGAAAUGGUCGAAUUUAUUCUCUCAGCCUGCUCACCUUGAGGAAAUAGGAACACCAACCCAGCAUAUCUCUGGUGCUCCGUUCGUUCUGAUACCUGAUGAAAAUCUUGAAUCUGCCAAGGAAGAAUUCAAGGAUUUUCUCUUCGCAAGAUUCCACGGCGACUGCCCACCCAUGGGAAGGAUAAUCAGAGUUUUGAACGCUAUCUGGGCUCGAUCAGGGCCGAGAAUUUUUGUGCACAACAUUGGACCAGGUACUUAUCUCCUCCGUGUACCCAACCCAAGAACCAAGGAGCUCCUUCUAAGUAGAAAUGCGUGGAAUAUUGCUGGUUUGCCAAUGUUUGUUGCCCCUUGGUCACCGGAGUUCACUCCUGAUGAUCUAUCUCUAUCAUCGACGGUGGUCCCAGUUGAACUCCGCAAUGUUCCCUACCUGCUUUUCAACAAUGAAAGCUUAAGCAGAAUAGCCACAGCCGUUGUGGAUCUCACCAAGACACUUCAGGAUACGGUGAUUACUGGAUUUACCAAUGGAAGAGAGGUGGAGGUUCAGGUCUUGUAUCCUUGGUUACCAUUGAAGUGUGGUCUCUGCGGCAAGUAUGGUCACUCCUCGCCUUCUUGCAAACGUUCCCCUGUUAACCAGAGAAAGCGAUCUGCUUCCCCUGUGAAGAAGCAGAAGGAACUCGGUCCGGAGAGGACAGGCAGGGAGUAUAAGAAGAGAUCCAGAUCUAGAAGGAAUAAUUCUAAACACUCUGCAAAGGAGGAUAGUCCUGCUAUGGAAGAGAAUGAGAUCCUGGCAACCAGUAAAGAUGGAGAAGUGUCAGAAAAGUUGAUUGAGAAGGAUCCCACUAUGGAAGAGAAACCUUUGGAAACGGUGGAUUCUAUAGAGAAGAAGCCUGAUGAUGAUAAGGCGCAGUCUCCGGUGAAUCCAGAGGAGGAUCGGUUAUCGGAGGCAAAGAACCAGGAUGUGGAACCACAAACUGGAUCACACCAUCUAUCGCAGGUGGCAGAGUCUGAGGAAUUGGAAAAAUAUUUUGGCAAUUUUGCUCACCACGCCACGGCCAGAAUAGUGGUGGUUUGGGACCCUAGUAUAUCAGUUUUUGUCUACAAGACUUCAGCUCAGACAGUUACUUGUGGUAUCUAUCUCCCCGCAGAGAAGGUUUCCCUCACGGUUACCUUUGUUUAUGCGUUUAAUCUUUUGGAGGAAAGGCGAGCUCUUUGGGAUGAGUUGAUAGAGUUGAAUAACUCAACCCCAGUUGCAUCUCACCCGUGGGCAGUGAUUGGUGACUUCAAUCAGAUACUAAGAGUGAACCACCAUUCAAACUCGGGAAUUGAGGAAGUUGAGAUUUCAGGCAUUCAGGAGUUCACUGAGGCAAUGCAAAAUGCAGAUUUGUUUGAGGCCCAACAGAAAGGUCCAUCUUUUACCUGGUGGAAUAAUCUGGAGGAUAACCCAGUAGCGAAGAAGAUUGAUCAUGCGAUCAUCAAUCAAUCUUGGUCCGUUUCUUUUCCAGACGCUUACGCUGAUUUCCUGGAACCUCAACAAUCGGACCAUGCCCCUUGUCUCUUCAGAGUUCCUUCUCUUGUAAGGAAGCAAUGUAAACCUUUCAAGUUCUUCCACCAUAUUAUAGAUCUACCGAACUACCAGGAGACUAUAAGGAAUGCUUGGCAUAGUGAAGAAAUUGUUGGAACAAGUCAGUUUAGGCUUGUCAGAUCUUUGAAACUUCUCAAACCGGUCCUGAGACAGUUGAACAAGAGGAACUUCAGUGGUAUUUCUAUCAGAGUUAAGGAGCAGGCGGAGAGGAUUUCAGAGCUACAGAGAACACUUUUGACAAACCCUAGCCAGGCAAUUGUCAGAGAGGAACAUGAGGCCCGAGCCAAAUGGAAUUUGCUAGUUAAGGAGGAGGAGAAAUUUUAUCGGCAAAAGUCGAGAGUCCGGUGGUUAAACCUGGGAGAUCGCAACACAAAGUUCUUCCAUAGAACGGUGACCCAGAGAGCUUCUAGGAACCAUAUCCAUGUUCUAAAAAACUCCAUGGAUCAGCUUUUGACGACCCCAUAG